CUUUGAGAUAUCUGGCUAAACUGCUUUGUGAAAUUGGUUGUGUUUUCUCCAGGCUGGCGGCUACCAAAGGCAGGAAGGUUAGCCGGAGGGAUCUCCUGAAGGUCAACGUUCAGCGCACCUGCAACGACAUCAUGGACUACGUUCUGGUGCGGGUUCCUCCUCUCUCUGUGGGUCUCCCUCGUCCUCGUUUCUCCCUCUAUCUCUCCUCCCAGCUGCAGUACGGAGUCGUCCUCAUCUUCCACCAACAGUGCCAGCUUCUCUUAGAGGAGAUCCAGGAGGCCAUAGACAGGCUGCUUCGCUACCGCAGACAGGUUCAGAUCGACAUGCUGCCGGAGGAAAUCAGGCAGCAUCACACCCUUCCUGACGCUCUGUCUCUUCUGAAUGAGACGGAGGGAGCGAGGGAUCCGUUCUUUGGGUUGAUGGAGUUCGGCCUGCCCAGUCCAAGCAGCCUAAUUCGGCUGGCUGAAGAAAUGGAGGAAAUUUCACCCGAGCGUCUGCUGCCGGAAAGAGGAGCGACUCCGCCUCCAGAUGGCAUCACAGCCAGUCAGGAGUCCAUCACUCUGACAGAGACAGAGCCCGUCGCUAUGCCUGAGCCUGAGUUUGAGGGGGCGGAGCUACAGGAGUUUGAUAUGAUUGACAUGCUGCUGGAGCAACCAGAUCAUUUCCCUGAGGGGUUCUGACCACCGAGCUGUCCAGCAGAGAUGUGGCGUUUGAGCCUGAGGAAGCGCUGGGUCUGCCCGCAGAGAUGCCUGAACUGGCUGAGAGAGAAAUAACUGUGAUCCCUGAGCUCAUACCAAU